AUGAGCGCCAACCCCCAGUGGGACAUCAGGAGGACGCUGGGGGUGGCCAAGCUCUUCCACCUGGUGUGUGGGGUCCGGGAUGCCUGCGUGUCCCCGUUCCUGACCCUCUACCUGAGGCAACUGGGCUUGACCGCGCCCUGGGUGGGCAUCCUAAUGGGAACCAAGCACCUGGUCGCAGCCUUCUGGGCUCCCAUCUGUGCCUUCCUGGCCAAAAGCUACCGGAAACGGAGAGUGCUUCUGCUAGGCUCGCCGCUUAGCUCGGUGGGAGCCAGCUUGUUGAUGGUCCUGGUCCCACCGUUGGACAAAGAUCUGAUGAACCGCUCUUGUAAUGGAAGCAGUGGCAUGGCUACCACAGUCGCACCACUGGGGGUCACACUAACUGUGAAUAUCACCUCUGCCCGAGAGCCUGCCCCGAACCGCCCAGCAGGGACGUCCAGCCUCCCAGCCAAGAGGAGUACUGGAAUGGUGGAAGUCUCUGGCUUCAGAAAUGGCCCUGGUGGAAGUGACCAAGAAACCUUCAGUGAUCUGCACACCUAUUUAGUGGGCUCACUUGAAGGAGUCAGGACCACGUCCCAAGUUCUCUUGCAUCCUGUCACUUCAGGGGCGAAAGAUAGUCCCUGGGAAGGUACUUUUGAGCUGGUCAAGACUGCCCCCCCCUUGCUUCCCGGGGACACAGCACAGGGAAGUCCAGCCAACCUAUCGGCGGCCAAGGGAAAUGCCCAGGCCCUUGACCUAUCCUUGGAAGGGUUGCAGUGGACUUUCAUCCUCUCCUUGGGGUCCAUGGUGUUCUGGGAGCUGCUGACAGCCCCUCUGGAGCAGGUGGCAGAUGACAGCCUUUACGAAUACUUGGAUUUUGUGGAUGCCACUGAUAGGUACAGAAGCCUCUGGAUCUGGAGAUUGCUGGGCAUGUCGGCAGGCGUGUGUGGCAUCGCAGCCUUGGUGGGGCAACUGGACUGCUCCCUGAUGACCAGUGCUUCCCGGGGUGUGGUCCACUUCUACGGCUAUUCAGUAGUCAGCACCCUGGCUCUACUGGUGAGCAUUGCCUUUCCUAUUCCUGUCUGCCGGCGGGAGCCCAGCUACAAAAACGUCAAAGCACUGUCUCUUGUAGGGGGUGAUGCCCGCCUCAUUCUCCUAGCCUCCACGGUCUUUUUGACAGGAGCCAUUAUCAGUACUGUGCAGAACUUUCUGUUCUGGCACAUGCAGGACCAUGGGAGCAGUGAGCUGGUCAUGGGUUUCUCAGUCACCCUCAGCUUGCUGGGGGAGAUUCUGCUUUAUCCAUUCAAAGCUACUUUGCUUAAGAAACUGUCCAAGGUGGGCACAGUGGGGCUGGGACUGGGCUGCCUUGCCGGGCAGCUGCUCUACUACUCCUUUCUCUGGAGCUGGUGGUCUGUCCUCCCUGUCCAGAUCUUGAGUGCUGUCAGCAAUGGGGCUCUGUGGUGGGCAGUGGGAUCCUUGAUCGAGGACAUGGCCACUCCCGGCAUGGAGAGACCUCUGAGUGCCAUGUUCCGAGGCCACUUUUAUGGAAGUGGUUCUAGCCUGGGUAGCUUUAUGGGGGGCUUUGUGGUGAUGCACUCCAGCCUGGCUGUGCUCUACCAGGCCUGCUCUGUGGCCCUGUUGCUCUGGUUGGCCUUGUUCCUGUCCAUACAGCGGAGGCUGCCUCAAGAGCGUAAAAUCAACUACUCAAAGCUGCUGUCCGUGGAGGCAAGUGACACCAGUGACUGUGAGCAGGGGACGGAACGGGACUGGCUUGUGAAAGCCAUGAGGGAGGAACACUCAGACUGGGAGGGAUGAGAGAAAGUCUGAGUGCACUAAUCUGGGAAGGAACCAAUGAAUUGGACAAAACUCAGUCUGCCAAGGACAAAAUACUGCCUUGGACUGCAAGGAGCCUUGGGAGAGAGGAAGUGUGUCUGUGCCAGAGGCCAGACAAGAUCAUCUCAAUGCAUGAUUUUCUUUACCUCCGUAGUAAAAGGAGAUUUAACUUUUUGCCAUUCUAUCUUUUUCAAAUGAUGGAGGAAGAAUA